GUAAUAAAUUUGUAAACAAAAAUAUCAAACAAACAAACGCGUUCACCGGAAAAUGUCAAAAAUAAUAAUAAUUCAUCCCGGUAGCCUCUAUUUGAGGAUCGGAAAAGCAUCUGAUCUCAAUCCCGAAAUGAUUCUUAAUUGUGUCGCGAGAAAAAGAAAAGGCAAAGAUCCUGGAAACAUACAUCAAGAUUCAAUUUUACCAGAAUCAUCAAAAACUAAGGAUAUUAUUCAUGAGAUGGAUGAAAGUCGUUUGAGUGUCAGUCAUAUGCUUCAAAAUUGUCUUCAAACUAAUGGAAGAAAACGUUAUGGAACACCGUCACAACAAUUAGCAUCAUUCAAUAAACGAGUUCAUCCAGAAAUUGUCAGUGGACAACCAGAAGUCUUUUGGUUGAAACCAAAGGAAAAAGUAAAUACAAUUGUAGGAGCUGAAGUUCUUCGGCUGGAUCCAAAUGGCAAUUUUAACAUUCACUUUCCUAUACGACGAGGUGAAUUCAAUAUACACAAAGGAAUUGGUGGAAGUAUGUUUUCAGUUCUUGAAGAUAUCCGAACAAUUUGGGAAUAUUCCAUUAAGAACUACUUAGACAUCAAUAUUAAAGACUUAAACCAGUAUAAAGCAGUUUUGAUUAUUCCUGACAUUUAUAAUCGUAAGAGAAUUAAAGAAUUAACAGCUCUUAUAUUUAAAAUGGGCUUCUCUGCAUGUUUCUUAGUUCAAGAGCAUGUUGCAGCUACAUUUGGAUCUGGUUUGAGUUAUGCUUGUGUUGUUGAUAUUGGCGAUCAGAAAAUUUCGAUAUCAUGCAUUGAAGAUGCUUUAUCUCAUCCAAACACUCGAGUUUCAUUGAAAUUUGGUGGAGGUGAUGUUACGAUGUGCUUCUUCUGGCUUUUACAGAAAGUUGCAUUUCCAUACAAGGAAUGUCAGCCAAAUAACAAUCAAGAUGCAGUUUUAUUAAAUCAUUUAAAAGAGUCAUCAUGUCACAUUGACAUGAACAUAUGCGGAUCUCAAGAGAAAAGCUUCAUUAUAAAUCGACCAGAACAAUCUCCAGUUCGUUACGUUUUACAAGUAGCAGAUGAACUAUUGAUUGCUCCUUUAUCUCUUUUCCAUACCGACUUGUUAAAGUUCAGUUUGGGUAACACAAAUCGUGACAAAAUUAUACAAAUUCAAAAGACAUUAGGACAAGACUUUGACUCUGAAGACUGCUUUAAUGCUGAAUUUUUAAGAGAAACAGGUCGGCGAGCUAAUGCUGGUUACACAAAAGAUCAAACUGAGAAUUCAUUUAAUGCUAAUGAUGGGAAUGCAAUGGAUGCUGAUGAUGAGAUUGUCGUUGAUGAAACUGACAAAGAUUUACUUAAAUUUAAUGCCAAUGACUUUCAAACUUCGACUGGACAAGUUAGUGGCUUAGAAAGCGCCAUACUUCAAAGUAUUGAACAUUUACCGAAUGAAGAAUUGAAGAAAAAAAUGUACAAUUGUGUGUUACUCGUUGGUGGUAGUUCGAAAAUUCCUGGUCUUGCACGCUGGUUACAAACGAAGAUUCAACAAGCAAUUCCUUUAACUUAUCGAACUGAAAGUCAAGAUAUUGUCAUGACACCAAAGGAUGUUGACCCAGGGCAUAUUGUGUGGCGUGGUGCAUCAGUUAUGGCAGGAUUAGAAGCAAGUGAAGAACUUUGGAUCACGAAAGAAGAUUUUGAAAAUUAUGGCGUUAGAAUUUUACGGGAGAAAGUUCCUUUCAUCUGGUGAUUUUUUUAUUGUCGCGUUCUCAUUUCUAUUGUAAUUCUAAAAUAAAAUUCAAAUAAAAGUUACGGUUUGUAUUGUACAUUUAA